CCUCUCGUUGAUUCCCAAUCUCUGAUGAACUCCGGCGACUGUGUCUGCAGAACGCCCUGAUUUUUCGACGACACGAGCGUUUCUUCUCUAGUGUAGAAACUAGUUGCGAGCCGAAGUCAAACCAAACACCGCGAACUCGGGUAAACCCAUCGAACACUACGCCUCGUGCUCAGCUACCGCUAGCCAGUCAGCUCACCAAGAAAAUAUACGCUUCUCGUGCUCGUCGGCCUCUCCCGGCGGCCAACCGCCCGGUCGCCGCGGCUCGCAUUCCUGCCGCGCGGUUUCCGGUGGCUUCGCCGCAGAUCCCCAAGAAGCCUCGGAAGAAAUUGUUCCUCGAGGGCUGCUGUUCCUAUGAUGGAUCCCGACGCCAAGGAGGGCGGGCCACUCGAAGAAGCUGGCGGCGCCGGCGCCGAGAGUGGUCCCUGCGACGGCAGCGCCGAAUGCGGCGUCGCCUCCCCCUUCCGCUGGCUGCGGCGGCUCUCCCGCGAGCUGCACUGGAGCUUCGUGCUCGCCGUCUUCGCCGUCUACGGGGCCUGCCAGGGCGUGGGCAACGCCGUCGGGGUGGUCGCCGCCUCGUACUACAGCAAGGACGUGCUGCGCCUCCAGCCGUCCGCGGCACAGUUCUACCAGGGCAUCGUCGACUCGCCGUGGGUCGUCAAGCCCAUCUGGGGCCUGCUCACCGACGUCGUGCCCGUCGCCGGGUACCGCCGCCGCCCCUACUUCCUUCUCGCAGGCGUGAUUGGCGCCACAUCCAUGCUUAUGAUCUCCCUGCAAAGCAAUCUGGGGCUCAUACCGGCGGUCCUAGCCCUCACGGCGCAGAGCGCAGGCGCGGCGAUAGCCGACGUGACGCUGGACGCGCUGGUUGCGCAGAACAGCAUAACACAUCCGCCGCUCGCCGCCGACAUGCAGAGCCUGUGCGGGUUUUGCUCCUCAUUUGGGUCAUUGAUUGGGUACUCCAUCAGCGGCCUUCUUGUCCACUCCAUGGGCGCUCAGGGGGCUCUUGGCUUGUUGAGCAUCCCCUCAGCACUGGUGUUCUCAGCUGGGAUUCUCCUGAAGGAGAGCAGAGUGACAAACUUCAAUUACAAGCAGGUUCAUAAGAAGUUCUACAAAGCAAUUCGGUCAACGGGGACAACACUGAAGUGCCCUGAAGUCUGGCGGCCGUGUUUGUACAUAUAUGUUUCGCUCAAUCUAAGCCUGGACAUCCAAGGAGGGAUGUUCUACUGGUACACAGAUCGAUUAAAUGGACCAGGAUUUUCUGAGGAAUUUAUUGGUGUGAUCUAUGCAGUCGGUGCAGUGGGUUCACUACUCGGGGUUGUCCUAUACCAAAGUGCUCUAAAGGACUAUGAUUUCCGCAGCAUGCUUUUAUGGGGUCAGGUGCUGUCAAGCCUGACAGGGAUGCUUGAUCUAGCGCUGGUGACCCGACUAAACACGAAGGUCGGCAUACCAGACUACGUUUUCGCGGUGAUCGACUGCGGCGUUUCUGUAAUGGUCGGCAAGCUUCAGUGGAUGCCGGUUCUCGUGCUUUGCUCCAAGCUUUGUCCUCCGGGCAUCGAAGGAACCUUCUAUGCCCUGCUCAUGUCGAUACAAAAUGUGGGGCUGCUUAUGUCUGCCUGGUGGGGUGGCCUGCUGCUGCACACGCUGAAUGUGACUCGAUCGGAGUUCACUAACCUUUGGGCAGUUGUAUUGAUCAGAAACGUCUCGAGGCUACUUCCGCUGAUGCUACUGUUUCUUGUUCCUCAAAGCGACCAGAACUCGACGCUCCUUCCUGCGGAGAUGCUCCAUGAUGACGAAUCUACAGAAGCUGUCAAGGAUGGAUCAGGCAGUGUUGAGUUUUCCGUCCUUGUUGCGGAUGGUUCAGGUUGUCAUCCUUCCGUUGAGGAUGUUCAAGAUGAGAGAAUCAAAGUGACUGAUGAUGUAGGAGGGGAUGUAGAGUUGAUCCCACUGAUGAACACGAACAGAACAGUUGGGUGAUCAUCUUUUUCGUAAGAGGGUUGAUUCAUGAUUCAUUUACGCCCCGACCAUCUGAUUAUACGCUUCGGUAGCUGUUGCUAGGAAUGUACACAAUUUCUUACCGCCUGUUUAUCUGUAUUUUGUAUAGGUAAAAGCAGCUGAGUAGCAAGUGAAGCAUACAUUUUCUUCUUUCUUUCUUUUUUGCGAGAUUCUUCUUCUUUCUUUUCUUAAUGUAAAACAAGAUAGAAUAAUACAAAUAUCAGUCCAUUCAAUUA